AUGAGAACGCACGAGGUUCGCGAAGAGCAAAAAUGUUUUUUGAAAAACAACCGUGAUCCUCGUCCGAUAAAAUUCUUUAUGAAAUUCAACUAUCGCAGUAAAAGUACUGGUAUUCGCGAUUAUGAGAAACGUCAAGCGCAUGUCAUAUUUCAUGAAAAGUUGGAUGAAAAACUUGACGGUAUAAAACUGUCUGAUGCAACUGUAGUUUCUUCGUUGCCAUCUACUUCAUCGGUAUCAUCUUCCACAUCAAUUCGACGAAAACAAUCUCCAGAAGAGUUACGAGGUUAUGAAGAAGAAGAUGAGGAUGGAGCUUCUUCAUCUGCUUCAAAAAAAGCUCGGAAGGAGUUUUCUGCUGGACAGGAAAACCCAACUAGUAACGUUUAUAGCGAGUUGGCACAUCAGAUAAUACCGCGAACUGACUCCUCUGAGUCUUCAAAAGUGAUAAAUGAUGAAGAAAGGAUGGUCAAAAAUGAUGAAGAACUAGAGUUAUAUGCCAAGGAGUCAAUCCGGGACGAUGAAGAGAAAUGGAUUGUGUGUGGUACUGAUUUGUGUAAUGAAUUAACUAAAUGGAAACAAAAGAAAGCUCGACCGCGUACUGAUUUGGGAUUCUACGACAUAGUAGACAUCACACCAGGAUCAAAUAGUGAUUUCGUACGAUCAUUACCCAUUGAUGUAGUACGCGAAAUAAGGCAAUCAAAACAUUGCCAACAGUUAAAAAUGGACGAUACGGAUGGCAUGAAAAAAUAUAUUGUUAACUUUAUUAAGGCGAAAGAUUUUCGUAAGCUUGUAGAUGAAAGCUACAUGAAAACACGAAUAAACAAUAAUACGAAAUUCAUAUGGGACUAUUUGAAUAUCCUUGUUGAAUCAUUUGAACGAAACAAUGAUCUCGCAGAAUAUAAUUUAUCUGAGUUAGGAUAUCGGGAAAUCUUCCUCGCACCCCUAAUGCGUAGUCUAUUCCGUGGAAUGCACCGGGAAAUGAAUAUUUUUUUUGGUGAAAAGUGUCUGUUCGCCUCAUCAGAGGAUCGCAAUUUGGAAAAGAACGAUGAGGAAGAUCGUAGUGCUGGCCGAAAAAUAGACAUCAUCUGGUCUAUGAAACCGACCGACCUUGAGUUUUCCAUAUGCGAAGUUAGUGGUCCCCCAAACCAACACAACCAUACCCAUUUUUUUAACGAUAAAUUAAAGAUCGCCAAAAUGUUGAAGGUGAUCCUUAAUAGGAUCGUAAGAAAGUACGGUAGUGUGGGCAUUAAUUUGACUUCAUUAAAAUUGUAUGGCCUACAUGUUUAUUAUAAUGAGAUAAUAGUGUACGAAAUGUCAAUACCUUCUGGUGGAUUAUACGUUUUCUGUGAAGUUUUACGGUCAAAACUGCCAACAAAUGAGGUUGAAGUGGGAUUAUUGUUACGAUCAGUACCGGCAUUGCUAAAAUUCAGGAAGUUACUUGAGGAGAGUUUGACUGAUCUGAAAGAUUAUAUUCAAGAUGCGUGUACUCGUACACCGGAUGAUAAUGGAAACGCAGGCCUAUUUAUUACGCACACCGAUUUGACUCCCACAGCAAAUAGAAAACAAUCGAAUUAA